AUGGCGUCCCGGAGACUCGCUCUGAACCUUGCGCAGGGCCUGCGCGGCCGCGCUGCUGGGCGUCUGAAUGUCCCCUUCAGGCGAGGGCUCGCCACGCCUCACAACUUCCACGGCAUCAAGACGGAGACCACGACGCUCAAGAAUGGCCUGACCGUGAGCCCGCCCUCCCCCGAGCUCGAUGCCCACGACUCCAGCUCCCCCGUCACACGACGGCGGCACCAAUUGGGCCUGUCCAGCUUGUCGCUAACCCCUCUGCUCUUCCAGGUCGCUUCCCAGUACUCGCCCUAUGCCCAGACCUCCACGGUCGGCAUGUGGAUUGAUGCCGGCUCCCGCGCCGAGACCGACGAGACCAACGGCACCGCCCACUUCCUCGAGCAUCUCGCCUUCAAGGGCACUGCCCGGCGAACCCAGCAGCAAUUGGAGCUCGAGAUUGAGAACAUGGGCGCUCACCUCAACGCCUAUACCUCGCGCGAGAACACCGUCUACUUCGCCAAGGCCCUGAACGAGGACGUGCCCAAGUGCGUCGACAUCCUGCAAGACAUCCUCCAGAACUCCAAGCUCGAUCCCGCCGCCAUUGAGCGGGAACGUGAUGUCAUCCUCCGCGAGGCUGAGGAGGUUGAGAAGCAGCUCGAGGAGGUUGUCUUUGAUCACCUUCACGCUACUGCCUUCCAGGGCCACUCCCUGGGCCGUACCAUCCUCGGCCCCCGUGAGAACAUCCGCGAUAUUACUCGCACCGAGCUUGUCAACUACAUCAAGAACAACUACACCGCAGACCGCAUGGUUCUCGUCGGCGCUGGUGGUGUCCCUCAUGAGCAGCUCGUCGAGAUGGCCGAGAAGUACUUCUCGAACCUGCCUUCUGAGGCUCCCAAGAGCGAGGCAUAUGUCCUGUCCAAGAGGAAGCCCGACUUCAUCGGCUCUGAUGUUCGGAUCCGUGACGACACUAUCCCGACUGCCAACAUCGCUAUUGCUGUUGAGGGUGUCAGCUGGAACGACCCCGACUACUUCACUGCUCUGGUCACCCAGGCUAUCGUUGGCAACUACGACAAGGCCCUCGGCAAUGCUCCUCACCAGGGUAGCAAGCUGAGCGGCAUUGUCCACAAGAAUGACCUUGCCACUAGCUUCAUGAGCUUCUCUACCAGCUACAGCGAUACUGGGCUCUGGGGAAUCUACCUCGUCACUGACAAGCUCAGCCGGGUCGACGACCUGGUCCACUUCGCCCUCCGCGAGUGGUCUCGCCUGUCGAGCCACGUCACGUCGGCCGAGGUUGAGCGUGCCAAGGCCCAGCUCAAGGCCUCGAUCUUGCUGUCUCUGGAUGGCACCACCGCUGUUGCCGAGGACAUUGGCCGCCAGAUCAUCACUACCGGCCGUCGCAUGAGCCCUCUGGAGAUUGAGAAGAUUAUUGACGGCAUCACCGAGAAGGAUGUUAUGGACUUCGCCAACAGGAAACUCUGGGAUCAGGACAUCGCCAUCAGCGCUGUCGGCAGCAUCGAGGGCCUGUUCGACUAUGCGCGCAUCAGGGGUGAUAUGAGCAGGAACUUCUAA